AUGUCUAAAAUGAGAAAUCGCCCAGGUCAUUGUGCGGAUCCGACCACCGUAAACCUAGUCACGCUGUGUGAGUACUUCGCCUCAGGACUGCACCUCAGCAAAGAGCUAGAUCGAUUGCCGCAAGUGGUACUCUCUUCGAAGAAGGAACCCCGUGGUUCAGAACCAGUCACCGCGUCUCGGCCAUAUGGCUAUAAUGAAGAUGUUGAUGACGUCAGCGUCGACAAAAUGAGAAAUCGCCCAGUUCAUUGUGCGGAUCUGACCACCGUAAACCUAGUCACCCUCUGUCAGUACUUCUGCUCAGGACUGUACCUCAGCAAAGUGCUGGAUCGAUUGCCGUAA